AAACGGUAGCCGGCCGUAUUGUGUGUUGAUAUCCGGUGAUUGACAGUGAGUCUCCUCUCGGCGGGUCGGUAACGGGUCGGUCACCGGGACUAACGGACGGUAACGGUUAACGGACGUUAAGAGCAUCAAAACAAACGGAGAUAAACUUUGUGACUCUCUUCUACCUUCUCCCGCCUUCUACCGGACAGCAGCGCUCUGAAGAAUGGCCGAGCAGGACAGGAGAUCUCUCCCUCACUGAGAGGAGGAAGAGGAGGAGGAGGAGGUUCAGGAUGGAGCGAGCUCACAGCCUCCUGCUGAACGAGGAGGCGUGCGGUCAGCUGGGUGAACAUCAGAGAGCUGAGUUCAUCUUCGAAUGGCUGAACCACCUGAAGAAGCUGCUUCCUGCCGCCGACCGGGCCGACAUCAAACACAACCAGCGGCGUCUCGCCGACCAGCUGUGGAGCGUUCUGACUGGCUCGCCCGGCCCGCCGACCCGCUGGCUGCUGGCCCACUGCUUGGCCCUGCUGUACCGCCUGGGAGACCCCGUCGCUUCCAGCCUGUUGGUGGACCGGUGCAAUGACAUCAUCCGCAGCAGAGACGACUCGCCGUCGGGACUCCCGACCCGACUGGCGGCCAUCGCGUGUCUCGGCGCUCUGUUUGAGCAGCUCGGUCGGAUGCUCGCCGGCUCCUUCAAGGACACUCUGACCAACCUGCUGAAGGCCAUGAAGAGCGCCGAGGGUCGCUAUGAGAUCAUGUUGAGUUUGGAGAAGAUCCUGCGAGGUUUGGGCGUCAGCGCCGUGCCGUGUCACCGUGACGUCUACAAGGCGGCGAGAACCUGCCUGACGGACCGAUCCAUGGCGGUACGCUGCGCCGCCGCAGAGUGUCUGCUGGAGCUGCAGAGGGAGGCGGCGUUCCUGUGGACCAGCGAGCUGGAGAACGUCGCCACGCUGUGCUUCAGAGCCUUCGAAGGGUCCAACUACAGUGUCAGAGUGUCUGUCGCCACGCUGCUGGGAACGCUGCUGGCUGCUGCUGUGGAGCCCAGACAGACCACUGCAGCCCCCAGGCCGGGUGGGCGUGGCCGGAGCUCCCUGGAGGAGGUGAUGGACUUGUUGUCGGGGGGGUUCCUGCGGGGCGGCGCCGGUUUCCUGCGAGCCAGCGGAGACCUUCUGAAGGGAACGAGCUCCGUCAGCAAGGACAUCCGCAUCGGAGUCACACAGGCCUGCGUGGUCUUCGUCUCCACCCUGGGCGCCUCCUGGUUGGAGGUGAACUUCCCGUCCUUCCUGUCCCUGCUGAUGGAGCUGGCGUCCCACGGCAGGGCCACGCAGACGCCGGGCGACGCCGUGGUGACCCGCCGCUGCGUCUCCUUCAUCCUGAGGAGCACCUUGGGGUCUCUGCUGGGGGAGAAGGCUCAGACCAACGCCGCCAAACAGCUCUGCCUCGCCGUGGCGGCGCAGAAACGAGCCAUCGAUGCAGCGCUGGCUGAUGGGAACGUGGAAACCAGAGUUUCCUCUGCAGACGUCUCAGCCAGUCAGCACGUGUUGGUCUGCUGCCUGCUGGAACUGGGAGGACUCAUACAGGGACUGGGAUCCACCGCUGCCCCCCUCCUCACCGACAGCGGCACAGCCCUCCUGGACACGGUGAUCUCUGUCCUCCUCCACCCCAUGGCCUCCGCCUCUUUGGCCGCCGCCUGGUGUCUGCGCUGCGUCGCCACGGCGAUGCCGUCCCAGUGUUCCUCGCUGCUGGAUCGCUGCGCCGAGCGGCUGGUGGCUCUGAAGUCUUCCCCCGAGGCCGUGGCCGGAUACGGGGCCGCCGUCGCCGCCUUGGUGGCUGCGGCGCAGCACUGCCCACUGGGAAUACCACACACCAAAGGCAUGGUGGUUCUGGGUCUGGCUGAGGACCUGCUGCGUUCAGCCUCCCAGAACAGCCGGAUCUCUCUGCAGAGGACUCAGGCCGGCUGGCUGCUCGUCUCCUCUCUCAUCACGUUGGGUCCGGCUGUGGUGGAGCACCUCCUCUCCCGUCUCCUCCUCCUGUGGCGUUGUGUGUUUCCCGCCUCUCUCAGGGAGCAGGAGAUGGAGCUGCAGCGAGGGGACUACUUCACGUGGCAGGUUACGCUGGAGGGACGCGCCGGGGCGCUCUGCGGUCAGUUAACCCUGCUGCUGCACUGCAGGGAGCUGGUCACCGACGACAUCAUCAGCCGUCUGCUCACGCCAUUGGCCUGCGCUGUGGCGCUGCUCACCAGGUUGCCGUCUCUCCUCCGGUCCUACAGCAGCUCAGUCCGCAGCUGGUCGCUGGUCUACAGACUUAGAGUCUACGAGCUGCUGGCUGUCCUCCCUCCUCACACCUACCAAGAGAGUUUUGGUUUGGUGAUGAACCAGCUGGUGUCGGAUCUGUCCGGUCAGGACAACCUGAACCAGUCGUGUUCUGAGCUCACCCUGCUGCCUCCCCUCUGUCACCGUGACGACCUGACUCUGGUCGGCCCCGCCCUCCACGCCACCGACCACAGAUACAUUGAGGAACAGCUCCAUGGUGGCGGUGUGGGAGGAGGCUCGCUGGACAACGACGCCUUCAGUCUGUGUGAGAGACAUGAAGCUCCCGCUCCUCUUCCUCCUGCCGUCGCUCUGACCGCCGCUGCAGCCCGCCUCUUUGGAGCGCUCCACCCCCACAUCAUCUCCGCUCAGAGAGUGAAGAUAUUGGAGCAGUUUGUGGAGACGGUGAAGCAGCUGAAGGGUCAACGCCAGCAGACCGUCCAGACACACGUCUGUGCUGCCCUCUGCAGUCUGCUCAAGCACCAGGGCGGUGUUCGGGGUUCUCUGGGGCCGGAGGAGGUGCGCUCCCCGGCGCUGUCCCUCCUGUCGGGGGCGUUGGAGAGCGCCAGUCCUCUGCUGCGAUGUCUGGCUGCCGAAGGUCUGGCCCGGCUGGUCCAGGUGGUCGGAGACGCCGGCUUCACCGUGUCCGUCUCCCUGCUCUGCUUCGACAGGCUGAAGACGGCUCGUGACGCAGCGUCUUGCAGUGGCUACGCUCUGGCUCUGGGGGCGCUGUACCGCUACACCGGAGGAAUCAGCUCCCCUCAGCACCUGUCCACCUGCCUGGGGGUCCUGUUCACCCUGAGCCAGGACAGCACCUCACCUGAGGUCCAGACCUGGUCUCUCCACAGUCUGUCUCUGAUGGUCCGACCUCUCGGCGGUUUGUACCGCGCCCUACGCCGAGCCGUCCUUCACCCUGUGCUCCGGCUGCUGCUGUCGGCUCCGCCCACCCACCCCGAGGUGCACCCACACCUGGGACGCUGUCUGCACGCCCUCAUCACCUGCCUGGGCCCCGACCUGCAAGGUGAAGGAGCAGCUGUAUCCGGUCUGCGCUCCAGCUGUCUGGUUGGAUGUGAGGUGAUGCAGGACGGUCCAGACUCUCUGGUUCAGGCCAGAGCCAUUUCCUGUCUGCAGCAGCUGCACAUGUUCACACCUCCACCGUCAACCUGGACCUAGGCCCUCGUACCUGCACUCUGUGAGAUCUUGUUGGAUUAUUCCAUGUUGGCCCACCUGUGCAGCUCCUACUUGUGUCUGCGGCGGGCGGUGGUGGCGUGUCUGCGGCAGCUCGUCCAGCGGGAGGCCGUGGAAGUUUGUGAACACGGCCGUGACUUGGUCAAAGAGCUGCCGAGACGAGACAACACACAGCUGGACGUCACCAUAAAGGAGGUGGGUCUGGAAGGAGCCCUGUUCACUCUGCUGGACCGGGAGUCAGAUCCAGGUCUAGGGAGGGACAUCCAGGAGACGCUGGUCCACUUGAUGGCGUCCAGCGCCACCAGCGGGAAGCUGGGACACUGGCUCAAACUCUGCAAGGACGUCCUGUCUGCCACCACCGACUGUCGGGCUCCGGUGGAGGCGCGGCAGGAGGAGGAGGCGGACCCCGCCAGAGAGGAAGAUGACUCCUCUGCCUUCAAGGCCCAGUCGGAGUCCGGCGGCCCGUUCACGGCGUUGCGCUGGGCCACGCGCCGCUUCGCCAUGGAGUGUGUGUGUCGCAUCAUCGCCCAGUGUGAGACCGCCGACCCGGCCCACUUCGACAUGGUUCUGGCUCAGGAGAGACGCCUGAACGAGGUCCACCGACUUCUGGUGCUCCAUCUUGGCGACCUGGUCCGCAUGGCGUACAUGGCGGCGACGGACCACAGCGAGCAGCUGCGGCUGGCCGGUCUCCAGACCCUGCUGGUCAUCAUCAGACGCUUCUCCAAUCCAGAACCCGAGUUCCCCGGUCACCUCAUCCUGGAGCUAUACCAGGCCAACGUGGGAGCUGCUCUCAGACCAGCCUUCCUGCCUGACGCUCCUCCUGACGUCACCAGCCAAGGCCUGUCAUGUGAUCAGGUGUGCAGCGCCUGGAUUGCCAGCGGCGUGGUCAGUGACCUCCGUGACCUGCGGCGGGUCCAUCAGCUCCUGGCCUCCUCAUUGGCUAAAGUCCAGGCUGGGAGGGACACGUCGGGCCAGCUGUACAACGAGGCCGCCGCUACCAUGGAAACGCUGGCCGUCCUGAAGGCCUGGGCCGAGGUUUACAUCGUAGCCGUUCAGAGGAGCAGGCAGACGGAGAGCUCUGAUAGGACGGGUGACCUGUCCGUCUCCUCCUCUCUGGCCAAUGACGGCUCAGGCUCCGAGUCGGGGGGGGCGGGCCUCCUGAAGUUGGUCCAAUCAGAUCUGUCGACGCUGAGUCGUCUGUGGUUGGCGGCGCUGCAAGACUACGCCCUGCUGACCUCCACCACGGAGUACCCAUCACAGCUACCUGCCACAGGAGGUUCUUUCUACACAGCAGAGACGGUUAACCAGGCCAGAGCUCACUACUCCUCCUCCUGGGCCCCCAUCCUCCACGCCACCUCCCUCUGGCUCCACAGCACCGGUUUUGUGAUGUCAGACGACUCACCUGUCUACCUGUCCCGUCCGGCCACGCCCACCUCCAUGGGUCACACGGGGGGCGGAGCCAAGAGUCCAGAGGACAUCAGCAGCGACAGACUGCACCUCAUACUGGGGAUCAGCGUGGAGUUCCUCUGUUCGCCGCACUCUGACGACCAGAUGGAGAACAUCACUUCCUGUCUGCGAGCUCUGCAGGCGCUGCUGGACGUGUCCUGGCCGCGAGCUAAGAUCGGAAACGACCAGGCUCUGAGCGUGGAGCUGCUCAGCGUCCUCCACCGGCUGAUGGUGACCAGAGAGUCGGCGUCCGUUCAGCUCGCCGUGUUGGAGUUACUGCGUCAGAUCGUGACGGCGGCUCAGGAGCUGGUCAGGGAGAAACGCCACAGCGCCGGAAGGUGAACACGCUCUCACCUGGACGACGGCGCCGCGGAGAAGGAGACGCUGCCGGAGUUCGGCGAGGGACGGGACACCGGCGGCUUGAUCCCCGGGCGCUCGCUGGUGUUCGGAGCGCUGGAGCUGUGCCUCUGUGUUCUGGUCCGGAAACUUCCACAGCUCAGCCCAAAACUGGCCGGAACCAGUCCUACUGGUGCUGGUGGUUCAGUGUGGAGUUUGACUGACAGCGACUGUCAGCUGGUGGCGUCCGCAUCUGAGUGUUCUCCUGAGCUGCCGUCUGUCUGCUCCCCCGAAGGCAGCGUGUCCAUCCUCCCCACCGUCCUCUACCUGCUGCUGGGUGUCCUCAGAGAGCUGCUGCAGCAGCCCAGCACACACACAGGUAACACACACACACACACAGGUGCCCCGGCGGUGGCGGCGGCGGGCUCAGUGGGCGGAGCCGGUCUGGGCGCGGUGGUCCAGGCGGCUCUUCAGGCGCGAAGUCAAACGAGUGACUCUCCGAUGAGCCGGCAGGAGAAGAGUCGAGGAGCCUGGAAGCUGCUGCUGAUCGCUCUGAACACCCUGCUGGGCCUCUGGGACUCCGGAGACGGCGUUGUGGACAGGUCAGCCUGCUCACAGCGUCUGACCGUCUUCCUGCUGUCUGGUCCGGACGUCUGCACCGUGGAGCCGCUGCACACGCUCUGUCUGCCAGCGCUCACCGCCAGCAUGGACGCCAAAGACCCGCUGGUUGUGAGUCGAUAUCAGCUGCUGACGUCGGUGUUUCAGGCUCAGCCCGCCGUGGCCGUGCCGUACAUCCAGGCGCUCGGACCGCCGCUGGUUGGAUUCCUCCAGAAGGUGGAGAGGAGUCGUCCUCAGAGUCCGGAGGAGCCUGGAGUUCUUGAGGGAGUCCGGGAGGAGGCUCUGGUCCAGGCUGCAGACCAGACCCAGCGUCCUCAGCUGGUUGCCGUCUUGUUGCCGCUCACUCAUCUCCUCCUCCUGGAUGAAAAUGCUCUGGGCUCGGCGCCCGCCGCGUCCCGCUCGCUCCACGAGGCAGCGCUCAAAGACCUGAUGCGCCUCGGCCCGCAGCACUCCGCCGUCUUCAGGUCUCUCAUUGCGUCGUCCCCUCACCUGAAGUCUCGUCUGGAAGCCGCCGUCAAAGGAAACCAGGAGAGUCUGAAUGCUAAAGCUAGCGGCGCCAACCUCGCCGCCAAGUCCUCCCCCAGUAUCACGCUCAAAAACCACUUCCUGUGAGGCGACUCGCCGCGCCGCCGCCGCCAGGAAGGAAGGAGGUUCAAUUUAUCCUCACAGAUUAUUGUCACAAACGCACCGUGCUGUGUUCACCUGUCCCCUCGGGGACAAACGGUACUCUGAGAACCGGUAACGUGAAGAAUGAAAUUCAACGCGCCGCCAUGUUGGAAGAACGACAUCAUCUGUGUGGACCGUUGACAUGGCGGCGCGUUCCUCUGAUGAUUCACGCUGCAUGUCACUAAAUCACACGCCAAUCACUGUUAUUGAUCACCUGAUUACCCGUCAGGUGUUUCUGUGUGGAGGAUGUGGAGUCUAGUGAAGUCUGACACCAUUUUAUUCAGUUUAAUAAAUAACAUAAUUUCGAUAUAUAACCUGGUGUUAUGAAAGGCCGCCAGAUGGCGGGCGUGACAACAUAUCAAAACAUCAAAUCCUCGAUUGCCGGGUUCUCUAGUGAUUCUGUCAAUGAAAGGCAGGCUUUUAUUUGAAAUAAUACUCAUCUAUAUGUACGUUAAGUAUGAAAACAAUCUGAAGACGGCAGCAGAAUAAGCUUCUCUUCCUGUAACACUAACAAUAAAGGGAGGUCAGGGGUCAAAGGUCAAAGGUCUUCCUUCAUGUUGCAUUCACACCAAGAGCAAAGCGAAUUUUUCGCCUCGGUUUACUCGCGCGAGUUGGAGCGCCGGUGAGGUGCCGUAGAGGAGGAGGAGGAGGAGGAGGAGGAGGAGGAGGAGGAGGAGGAGGAGCUUGUCUCCAUGAUACCAACAACUUCUCAACAAGUCCCAGAUAUGUCAGAAGAACCAAACGCCGUCGUGGUGUCUGGGUUCAUACCGUCUUCCGGCGGCGAGUAUGACUGUAUUCUAGCAGCCCCACGUCUCUACUGCGGUAUGAACCCCAAAAUAAACUGAUUUCGUAUCAAUAAAACGGAUCAAAAUGAUGCAGAAAUAACGACAUAAUGAUGCUGAUUAGUAAAAGUCUGAAUUCAUGCUUUGUUAGGUCUGUUACCAUGACGACAAGGCAGACAACUUUUAAAAGCGCUUGUUUUCUGAAUGGAGUCCUGGUGCGAUCCAACAUCGCGACAACGACAUCAACAUCGCCCGGCACGAAUUUGCCUCCAUCGCCUCUCUGCGUUGACUUUGUGUGUAAUUAUGAAAAGUUGUCUUUCGCUCUCGGUGUGAACGCGCCGUCAGACUCUCGGAUGAAUGAAUGAAUGUCAAUAACAGAAGAGCUCUUUUUUAUUUUUUUAGUAAAAAUGUUGAUCUGACAAAUCCCAUACAAAACAACCUGAAGACUCUUGAUUGUUCUGAAUCGUAUGUACGGUGGCCUCGAAGGGACAAUAAUUAGUCGACAGCACUUUAGCUCAACGACGUCACGACGUUUUAUCAUAGAGAAGAAUGUACGUCUGUUAUUGUGAAUGUAAAACAUGAAUUAAAACAUCUCUAACAAUAAAACACUAAAGAUUCACCUGUAGUAAGUUUAUUAACCAACGCCGACUGCUCUGUGAACCGUACAGGUGUGAUCUGACCCUACAGGUGUUGAUCUGACUGUACAGGUGUGAUCUGACCUACAGGUGUGAUUCUGACUGUACAGGUGUGAUCUGACCCUACAGGUGUGAUCUGACCGUACAGGUGUGAUCUGACUAUACAGGUGUGAUCUGACCCUACAGGUGUGAACUGACCCUAUUGGUGUGAUCUGACUGUACAGGUGUGAUCUGACUGUACAGGUAUGAUCUGACCUACAGGUGUGAUUCUGACCCUAUUGGUGUGAUCUGACUGUACAGGUGUGAUCUGACCCUACAGGUGUGAUCUGACCCUAUUGGUGUGAUCUGACUGUACAGGUGUGAACUGACUGAAUGAGUUAACAUGUUGGUUUCUAACAGCAGCGAGUUAAUAAAACAUGUUUUUUUCUUCUAA